CCGCCUGUGCGUCGUUCUUUCCCUUCCGACCCGUCUCUCUCUCCCUCCGCGGCACACGUGUGGAUUUAAUCCGGCUUUCUCUUUAAAGUCUCCUCGAAAAGUUUUGGACCAAAUGACGUCGUCUUUCGAGCAGAUGAGGGCGAACGUGGGAAAACUCCUGCGGGGAAUCGACAGGUACAACCCAGAAAACCUUGCGACCCUGGAGCGCUACGUGGAGACACAAGCGAGAGAAAACGCCUACGACCUGGAGGCCAACCUGGCCGUCCUGAAGCUGUACCAGUUCAACCCCGCCUACUUCCAGACUCAGGUGACCUCCCAGAUUCUGCUGAAGGCUCUGACCAACCUGCCGCACACCGACUUCACCCUGUGCAAGUGCAUGAUCGACCAGACUCACCAGCAAGAGGAGCGCCCCAUCAGGCAGAUCCUGUACCUGGGGAACCUGCUGGAGACGUGCCACUUCCAGAGCUUCUGGACGAGUCUCGAGGAGAACAGAGAGCUCAUCGACGGCAUUACUGGUUUCGAGGACUCCGUUCGCAAGUUCAUCUGCCACGUAGUGGGCAUCACCUACCAGACCAUCGAGCACCGGUUACUGGCUGAGAUGCUGGGAGACCCGCUGGACACGCAGGUGAAGGUCUGGAUGAAUAAGUACGGUUGGACGGAGAACGACGAAGGACAGAUCUUUAUCUUCAACCAGGAGGAGAGCGUGAAGCCCAAGAACAUCGUGGAGAAGAUCGACUUUGAGAGUGUAUCCAGCAUUAUGGCCACAUCUCAGUGAUGCAAACACACACACACACACACACACACACACACACAUCAGACGUGACAGAUUGAAUCAGGACAUUUGUUUUCAUAAUCUCUGCUUUUCUCAAUAAAAAUAAUUUAUCCAGCCUGUGUCUGUUUGCCUGAACUUUAUCUGCUGUUAUUUCCACACAGUUUAACUCCUGGCAGUGGAGGUGUGUGUCAGUUCUUCCCACAAAUCAUACGUGUUUGUCCUUGUGGUAAAAUAAAAACCUGAAUGAAUGAAUGAAUCAGGGCAUUAGUCAUCCUGUCUGUGGUUGUUCUGUGUUUUCCUGGAGGUCAGAUGUGUGUAAUUGAUUUCACAUGUGGCAAGUUUUCUGCCGUAGUGUUCCAAUAAAAUGUUGAUGAAACAGA